GGGUGAACGUAGAAGACUGUACAACACAUUUUUAUGUUCUUAUAUUUAGACGUGCGUAUUGUAUGAACAACUAAGUUCGUUCUUAGUGAAAAAAAUUAAGGAAAAUAUUAGAAUUAUUUGCUCCUGAACAAAAAUGAAUAUGAACAACACACAUGCCACAAUGAAUUCAAAUCUCGUAAAGUCAGAAGAAGAAGACUUAUCUAAAUCCACUUCGGACAAUAGUGUUGGUGCUAACAAUCUUGAUUGUUCCCAAACAAAUGACUCUUCAACAACAAGUUUACAAAUGUACGGUGACAAAGCAACCAGAAAACUAAUAAUAAAUGACUCUGGCGCUCUAAAUGAUGUAAAUCAAAAAGACAAUGAAAUCGAUGAUUUGAUAAAAUCUAAUAAACGAAACCAAAAUUCUUCUUUUGACUCACAUGAACCACAUUCAAAACGUAUUUGCUCAGAUAUAAAUGAAGACUGUGACUUUUCAUCUAAUUCCGAGCCGUUACUCAAAAUAGUUACUAUGGAAACAUCGGUAAUUGUAGAUGACAUUACUGGCAAAAAUACACAAUCAAAAGAAGAAAUUUUUGCAAAAAAUUUGCAUUCAGAAGAAACAGAAACUGAUACAGAUAAAAAUAUUAAACGUGCAGAAAACAAAACGAACAAGUCUGAUAACCUAGAAAAUCCAAAAGAGUCUCUAAAUACGGUCAGUGAAAUGUGCAUAGUAGCAAACCAACUUGGUUCUGCUAUUAAUACAAACCUCAUGCAGAAAAAUGAAACAUCAAAUACAAUCGUAAGAAACUUGAAAAUUAUUCAAUUGGAUCCUCUUCCUAAAAAACAGAAUGAAACUACAUCUGUGUCUGUCGAUUUCUUGAAAUCGUUUAAGAAAUCGUUUAAUCUGAUGAAUCGGUCUAAUCUGGAAGAUUUUGUUUUACAAAAGAUUGUAGAAACUAUUGUAAACAAAUCGGAGCUUUCCGUUUUGCGACAAAAAAAUGAAACAUUGGAGCAAACAAUCAUCAAACAACGUCAACGAAUAAAUGACUUAGCAAAGCAAUUUCGUGAUUUGGAAAUGGUUCAUAAUCGCGUCGUAAAGGAUUUGGAGAAUAAAUCUUCUGGCUUAGUGACUCCUGUGAAAAUCACACGUGCCGUUGGUCUUCAAGUGUCACAACCACGUUCAAAGUCAGAGAUUCGUUCACUCAGUAUACCAUCGACGUACAAUCAACGUGUACCAUCAUUUCCAAAUAGAUCUCCACAACGGUAUACUAAUUCGCAAAACAACUCACACGGUGACUUACAACAACCCAAAGGAUCUAUUGGGCAACAGGCAAAAAUGAUUGUAGUACAACAACAGCAAGCAGCUCAAAGACAUCAAAGUUUAAUUCAACAAAGACAACAGAACCAAAUCAAUCAACGACAAAAUGCUGGAUUUACACAAAAUGGUCGGUCUCCAAUAACUUUAUCUUCACCAGGCUCUCAAAGAAAUGCGUCGGUCCUAAGCCAAAUGAUAAGCAACGCUAAUGUGCGUCAAGCUAACUCUCCUGUUGUAGUACGAAAAAUUAUUCGCCCGAAUUUACAUGAAGAAACAAAGUUAAACAAACUAAUAGAUUUGACCGACGAGGAAGAUUCGGAACAAAAAACGUAUAAUUCAACUAAAUCAAAAAUUCAUGUCAAAAGUCCUGCUACAUUGAAUUCAUCAAUAGCUGGCAGUGGUCUAAUAUUAAAUGCCAGUACAAGUUCCAAAGUACCAAUACAACGUAUUUCAUCUAAUCAUUUCUUGCAAAUUACACCAAAAGUUGGAUCUAUGUCACAAAAUCAAAUAACACAUCAACAAAUUAUGAAGACAACCCAUCAAAAGCGUAAUCAUCCAGCUCCUCUUCCUAUAAUUGUGAAUAAAAAGCAAAACACUACAUGGAAACGUCCUCCUCCACGUCCACAAAUAAGAAUUAACAACAUCGAUGCCGGAAUCGUCAUAAGUUGGACUAUCCAUGAACAGCGUCUUAUUGAAGAUUUUGAUCCCAUCGUGAAAUAUCAAAUAUACGCAUAUCAAGAAACAGAUCAAGAGCCAUCUACAGAAUAUUGGCGUCAUGUGGGGGAUGUAAAAGCUAUGGCACUUCCAAUGGCAGUUACAUUGACAGAAUUUCAAGAAGGUCAAAAAUAUCAUUUUGCUGUUCGUGCAGUUGAUAUUCAUGACCGCCUUGGUCCUUUUAGUGCUCAUAGAACAUGGGACGAAAAAACCUAAGAAAAGCUGUUGUAAUGUUUAUUAUGUAAAUACAUAUUUGAUUUUAACUUAUAUCAAUAAAGUAAUUACAAUAA